AUGGAAACUGCGAAGCAAAAUCUUGCGACGAAACUUACGCAGCUACAAAUAACUAGAGAUAAAACCAAAGACAUUGGAUCAAGUGGGAUAAAAAGUCGUAUCGAGCGACAAAAGAAUACAUUGCAAACGUUGGGAAAUGCGGCUGAAAAAGCGAGAACAACACUCGAAGAAAUCAAGAUCGCCGGGGGGGAGAAAGUCGAGGAUAUUACAACAUGGAGUAAAGACGUGGAGAGCCAGAUUGCAGUUGUCGAUGAGGACAUUGUUUAUUUGUCAAAUUGUUUAGAUGAAGUUGAGCAAGCAGAAAUUGACAAGGGUCGAAAGCAACAAAUCGAGUUUGAACGAGAACUUUUCGAACAGAAACUUCACUUCAAAGAGAUGGAAUUGAAGAAGUCAACCCCCCUGGAAAACCCAAGUACUGAGAAAGCCCUAACGGCGAAGCUUCCAAAACUCAGUAUUACUAAAUUCAAUGGUGAAUACAUUGAUUGGAACAGAUUUUGGAACCAAUUCACUGAAGAGAUCGACAAAUCAGGUAUGGCACCCAUUACUAAAUUCUCUUAUUUAAAAGAAUUUGUUGAACCGAAAGUGCGAAAGAGUAUUGACGGGUUACCAUUCACAGUCGAAGGCUAUAAUAGGGCAAAAAGUAUUCUCGAGGAAAGAUAUGGCAAAGAGAGUGAAAUAGUGAAAGCUUAUGUGAAAGAUAUUAUUGAUUUACCAACUGUCAGGGAGGCUGACCCGAUACAAGUCCACCAGUUUUACGAACGGUUAGUGUAUGAUGUGCAAUCCCUGGAGACCAUGGGUAAACUAGAAAGGGUGAAUGGAAAUGUACCACUUACUCUGGACAAAUUGUCGGGUAUUCGGAGUGAUCUUGUCAGCCAUGAUGAUGAGUGGCAAGAGUGGGAUUUUGUAAAGCUCUGCGAAGCACUGCGUUCUUGGACACGUAGAAAUCCCAUAGAGAAAGAAGACAAGUAUCGAAAGCGUAA